AUGUGUAUUUUGGUGUCAGCAUCUUUUAUUACUCAAAGUAAAGCAAUCGUGAGCUUUGGGAAAAAGGAUGGGAAAAGAUACUCAAAGUUUUCACUAGAAGCGGAUAAAGGGAGCUUCAACCAGGUUCAGUGUCUUAUGUUCGUUACUUUAAGAAAUAUGAGCUCCAUACAGGCUUCUUCAUCACUCUCCAACGCCGUUGAUGUAACCACAUUUUUCCUUUUGUUUUGUUUCUAUUUUUCUUUAUUUUACAGAACUCGCUUGACGAAGGACGAACUAUUCGAGAUCUAUGCGUGGCUAUGAGGGACGUCUGUGAAGGAAGAAAACUUGAAAGUGAUGAAAACACCUCACAACAAGUUUAGAGCUUCUUUGCGUCAAGUUAUAAUAAUCAAAACUAUAUGUAAAGUUU